UGAACGAGGGGAUGUAGAGGUGGGAUUGCGAGGACCGAGAGAGCUGGGGGAACCCACGCGUUCAGCCUGCGAGAAAGUGCGCUUUUUCCCAGAUCACUGACGCUCAACCGUUUCCCCCGCUUUCCCAUCCCUGACCACGAGACAGACUCUGACUAGGAUUGUGUUCCCGGAGAAUAAGCAGUUUUUUCCUUCCUCCGUGGCUUUAUUUUUUUGCCUUUUUGGUGUCGGCCGGCUGAGCCACGGAGCGCUCAGGCUGUGGGAGCCCACCCCUCCGAUCCCAGCUGCGGCGUUUCCAGAUGGCGCAGUGAAGAAGGUGGAUGAGGGCAGAGCUGUAGAGCGGGCAGAAGGCUCGGGGGCCUGUCCGUCGCUGCUUUGGCUGAUUAGUCCGUCAAGGUGAGGCAUCCCUCUCGCCAGGGUGCAGAACGGACCCAGAAAAGGACUUUGCUCCCCCUCCUUGCUUACCCCUGCCCCCUUUCCGCCCUCACCCCCAACCCAGGCACAUACGCUCUGGAUCAUGUCUAGUGGACUGCUGGAGAGGGGCCGGACAGAGGACCAGGACCGGGGCAGCUGUAAACCAGACUCUCCUGUCGUAGAGCGCAGGAACCGCAGCGGCAUCAUCAGUGCGCCCCUGAACAAGAGCCUUAAGAACUCACGCACACUCUUGCAGUACACGGCGGUCUCUUCUGCCGCUACUAAUGGACACAAGGACGGGAGUGAAACGAAGAGCCACGCGGCCAAAACUCAGCCGCCUCCACAACCCCAGCCCACGGUCUCUGCGAUAACUGCAGCCAAGUUGGAUCGGACCCUGGAGCAGGUUCUGGAGGGACAGAAUGGUCUGCUGCACUUUGCCCAGGCAGCAGCGCUGUUGAAGCGGGCCGGUAUGGAGCACAUGCUUCUGCCUGGGGGCAUGGGAGUAGGAGUUGGCAGCGGAGACGCGGGCUCGGGGGCCAGCGACUUAGAGGGUACGUCUGUCACGGACGCCGUAGGUGGUCCCGUUGACUUCCCAUAUGGAGUAGGGGGUGGCUUCCCCUUCAACCCGGGGCUUUUCAUCAUGACGCCGGCCGGGGUGUUUCUGGCGGACAGCGCACUACACAUGGCCGGCCUGAGCGAGUACCCGGCGCAGAGCGAGCUGGCCUCGGCUAUCAACUCCGGUAAAAAGAAAAGGAAACGUUGCGGAAUGUGCCCACCUUGUCGAAGGCGGAUUAACUGCGAGCAGUGCAGCAGCUGCCGAAAUCGCAAGACGGGCCACCAGAUCUGCAAGUUUCGCAAGUGCGAGGAACUGAAGAAGAAGCCUUCUGCUGCUCUGGAGAAGGUGAUGCUUCCUACAGGAGCAGCGUUCCGGUGGUUCCAGUAGGAUUCCUCCUCCUCCACCUCCUCCUCCUUCUUCAAUCCAGACCCAAAGCUCUGCCAUCAAGUGCAAUGCCAACUCUCGGAUUGUCUCCAGAACAGACACUGGCUAACAAACACACACACGCAACCAAUAAAACGAUAGAAAAUAUAAAACAAAGCAGAAAAAAAAAACAAUCGGGUAAUGGAUGCACAUACUUAUUCCUUGAACCAAAAAUGAAGAAAUGCAUCAAUUUUCAUUCCCUUUUCUAUGUUUCCAUUUUUGGUACAGUUUUGUUUUGUUUUUCUUUCUUCCUGUCGCUGGGAACUGUUCAGAAACAGAAAUGACGGACCGACUGUGGACAAUCAACUGAUCUCUGUGUUUGGUGUUAAUGUUGUUCAUGUGUGGAAAGAUACAGUACUUGUGUAGAGAAUGUAAAGCUAUAUUUUAAAACUAGUGGCUACAAUUACUGCGAUCCACCUUGUUUCUCUUUCUAUUUGCGGUUCAUUUUGUCCAAGAAUAAAUCGUUUCCAACGGACCCGUCUCUGAAAAAUCGAAUAACGUCGCUGAGAAGUGGAAGAGUUGUGUUUUCCAGCAGCCCUUCGCCGAGUUCAAGAUGCAUCCUGUUGAUACUUUGCUCUCCCAAAUCUGCCUCCUACUGCAUUUCCAAAUUGUGCUUGAGUGAAACUUGCAGCCUUACGUUACUGUGGCCCUACUGAGCAUGUGCAGACGUGCUCCAGGCUAAAGCACUAAGAAGCAGCACUUGCUCCGAGUCUACCCUACUGAACGCACUGAGACAAGAUCACUUUUUUUAUUUGUUGGAUUAUUUGUUAUAUUUUCAUUGUUUUGUUAUGUUGCUGGGUAGCUACAGCCUUUAAGGAAAACCGAUCUUUGUAUUAGAAAAUUGGACUGUUUUUUGUGAAUAAAAAGCAAAUGCAUGUAUUGUGUCAAAAUGUAAAAUUUUGAUGUUUGUCUACUUGUCAAUUUGCACGUUUUGUUAACGAAAAACUGGCUUGAUGAAAAGAAAUACAAAUAUAAACACUUUGAUUUUGGUUGCUGAACAUUCUGACACUCAUAAAGACUAUUAUUAUUUAUU